CAAAUGGGAUGCCCCUGACGAACCGGGGCCAGCCUCUCUUCUCUCUCCAUCAAAGCAACCUACAAUCUCGCUUUUCUGUUCUCUGCUUCUCUGCUUGUGCGAAACUGGUUUCCAGUCUCUUCCUACUCUUUACUCUCAUUCAGUCCGUCGGCCAUUCUCUCUUUUUGCUCCCAGCCAGGGACUUGCAUUGUAGGCUUCAGCGUCAUUCACUCAUUUUACCCUCCUCUCCUUUUCACUCUACUAGAAUUGCCCUAGACCACGCUCAUUCUACAUUCCACAGUGGAAAUCAUGUCGACCAACAACGCCACUACCACCGACACCAGCACCUUUGUGUGCACGCUCCAAACGUGUAGUCUCGACUAUGCCAUGAUCCACUACAUCCCCUCGCUGGCCGGCAACGCGCUCUUCCUGGCGCUCUUUUGCGUGGCGGCGGUCGUUCAUCUGUUUCUCGGGGUGUGGCACCGCACCACCAGCUACCUGGUGGCGGUGAUGGGGGGGCUGCUCCUGGAGAUCAUUGGCUAUGCGGGGCGCAUCAGCCUGCACGAGGACCCCUUUUCCUUCAACGCGUUCCUGCAGUACCUGAUCUGCCUCACCCUGGGGCCGGCUUUUAUCUCCGCCGGGAUUUACCUGUGCUUCGGACGCGUCGUGAUUGAGUACGACCCCCGGUGCUCGCGCCUCGCCCCCGCCACGUACUCCAAGGUCUUCAUCGCCUGUGAUCUUGUGUGUCUGAUCCUGCAAUCCGCUGGCGGCGCCAUCACCUCCACCGCCGGCACGGACAACACCAGCCUCAGCGACCUCGGCAUUAACAUAAUGAUCGCCGGGUUGGCGUGCCAGGUAGUCUCAUUGGUAGCCUUCAUGGCGUUGGCGGGCGACUUCGCCCUCCGAAUGCGCCGGCACCAGACCCAGGGGUCGGGCUCGCUGCUACCCGUGGACUGGCACGCUGGGUGGAAAUGGAGGGGGUUUUUGAUCAGUCUGGUCGUCGCAACCACAACCAUCUUCAUCCGCUCGUGUUUCCGCGUCGCCGAACUGAAGGGGGGAUUCGGAAGCGCGCUCGCAAACGACCAGGUCGCGUUCAUGGUCCUCGAAGGCGUGAUGAUGAUUCUGGCCUGCGGCGCCAUGACGGCCUUCCAUCCGGGGCUGGUGUUUUCGCGUGAGCGCUGGAACGCCUCCGCCCAGCAGCAGCUGAAGCUGCAGCGUGUCGAGACUGGCUCCAGUCAGAUAGAGAUGGUACAGCGCUCGGAUGUAUAACUUGGCUUUUUGUCAUUGUGCUAGCAGGUAGGAAAAGAUCUGAUUCGAUGAUGUCUGAAGAGAUCACCGCGUAUAUAGC